AUGGAAGACUUUUCAGAAGAGAACCUGCCGCGGAUCCCAUUCUUGCCCAAAGAGACGCUUCAUGGACCUGCUUUCCUCGAUACAGGGGCUUGCCUCUGUGCCUUGCAGAACCCUCGAUCUGAGGACGCUAAGAACGCUGCAUGGCAAUGCAUCGGCAAUCAAACUCAAGGGGUCUACCAAGUUGACACCGGGAAAUGGUUCGAUGCUGUUGGCGACUCCCCGAACAUCAAUGGGGCAAUCGAAGAUGGCUCCGGCCGACCGGACACGAACAAUACUCUCGCCAUGGUGGAUGGGGAGCUCCAACACCAGGAACCCAACAGUGCUCAAUUCUCCAUCUACGAUCGAGCUUGUACCGGCAAGAACCAUUCGACAUACUCAACUGCGUAUUACCGUGCUGUCGAGGCGAAAUCAAGAAACAAGAUAGCUGUAGAUGCUGCUCCAUGUUGGAGGCCGGGCGCGAUACCAAUCCAAAUUCAGAACGCGGAGUCGUGGCUUACCAAUGGGUGUCAAGAGGGCUUCUACUGUCCCAACAACACGGUCAAUUCACUCCCCCUGUACUGUCCUCCACCCGAACCUUGCCAAAUCUCGAGGCUGCUGGGAGAGGUGUGCAACAACCCUGUCACUGAAGACUAUAUAAGCAUGGGCUCCCUUGAGCCUCAAAUAUGCCAGAAAGGAUUUUAUUGCCCACCUAAGUUCAACGGAGCCCAACAGCUUCCUUGUCCCCAAGGAUCAUACUGCCAACUUGGGGCUGCGACUCCAACUCCUUGCGCGAUUGGGAGUUACUGCCCUCAAAAGGCGGAGUUUCAGCUCUUCUACCUCCCGGCUAUUAUUCUGGUCCUUGCCGACAUCCUACUCGCCUUCGGAAUCUUUAUCUUUGGGUAUCGCCAACGUUUCCGUCAAAGCAGCUCGCAAGCACGCCUCGGUGCUUUCACUAAGAGUCGUGAGGGUAUGGGCGGCGUCAUGGCUAAGAUGUCAGGCUACAAUGCCUUAUCUGACGACACUAACGAUCGAGAGAUGCAGCCUUUGGAUGCGAAGUUUAUUACUAGGCGUCCAACACUCGGGUUCGAGGCUGCUCUCGGCCCUGAAACGGAGACGGAGGGCACCGAGGGGCAUAAACCUUACGAGACAAACCCGCAGCUUCAAGCUUUCAUGGAAGCCAUGCGCAAGGCUACGGAUGCUUUUGACUUUGGUCUAUCGUUUCGAUAUGAGGACCUCACAUUCCAACCUAAAGGGAGUUCGCGCCCUAUCCUAAAUCACGUCACCGGCUCUAUCGAUCGGGGUACCCUCACAGCCGUGAUGGGAGGCAGUGGAGGUGGAAAGAGUACCUUUGUCAACGUGCUCAUGGGAAAGACCAAACAUACCCAAGGGUUAGUUGCUAUCAACAACAAACCAGAUAAACUUAAAAGAUACAAGAAGGUCAUCGGAUACGUUCCUCAAGACGACAUCGUCCUACCCGAGUUGACCGUGUACGAGAACAUUGCCCAUUCAGCCAGGGUUCGGUUACCGCGCACAUGGUCUAAUAGGGACAUCGAUCGUCUUGUUGAUGCCGUUAUUGACUGCCUCGAGCUCUCUCAUGUCCGCGAUUCCUUGGUCGGCAGCGUUAGCAAGCCUGUUAUCAGUGGCGGCCAGAGAAAGCGAGUGUCAAUUGGCAUGGAACUCGCUGCUGCACCCAUGGCCAUUUUUCUGGAUGAGCCUACGAGCGGUUUGGAUGCUUCUGCUGCGUCAUCGAUGAUGCGGACCCUCAAGGCACUGGCUAAGUUGGGAAUCUCCGUUAUUGUUAUUAUUCAUCAGCCCCGAGUCGAGACGUUUGAGAUGCUGGACAAUCUGAUUCUCCUUGGAAAUGGACAGACGAUUUACGAAGGCCCUCAAGCGACCGCUCAUCAAUUCUUCGAGAACAUGGGCUUUAGCUUCCCUCCCCACACAAAUAAAGCUGAUGUCAUUACAGAUAUCAUCACUGGAAACGGCCGGGAAUACAAGCCUAUUGGUGAUAUCGCAAAGGAGUUCCUUAUUGAACAUUGGGCCCAGCAUCGCGUCAAUCUCACUCGGGACACGAGUAGACAUACCCUCUCCUCUGUUGGACAGGGGUUGAUGCAUAGAACUAUCAAGAAGCGCGGAGCGUACCGCUUUAAGCAGUUCUGGCUUUGCCUCUGCCGUGCCGUGCUCCAGCAAUACCGUGGCUACUGGUCUUUUUGGGGAGAGAUGGCUCUAUCGCUGCUCGGAGGGUUUCUUCUCGGUCUCGCUCAAAACUCUCGCAACGGAGUCCUAUUCAAAGGGAUUUAUAAUACCUAUGGCAUGUUGUCCACUUCGGCUGAUUAUCUCUCUGCACCUCAAUUUGCACUCUUGGUUGCCAUCGGUAUAGGCCUUGUAUCAGCAGCACCCGGAGUGAAGAUUUUUUCGGAGGAGCUGCUGGUGCAGAACCGCGAAGCCGAGGCAGGGCACUCAAGGAUCUCCUAUUUCCUGGCCAAGGUGCUGUGCGUGUUCCCUAGGAUGGUGUUCGCUUGUCUUCACUUCUCGGUGCCACUCCUUCUUCUAGCCAUGCCGAUCAUCCACUGGGGAAUAGCCUUCAUGGCCAACCUGUUGUACUUUUUCUGCAUCUACGGACUGGCCAGCAUCGUGAGCAUGAUAAGCAAGCGUGAGGAAGCUCCCCUGUUGUCGGCUAUGCUGAGCCUCAUCCUGGGCAUCCUGUCCGGUGCGGCGCCUCCCCUGUCCAAAGUAAAGCAGUGGCACAUGGAGUGGCUGUGGAGGGCAUCACCUGGCACUUGGCUGGCUGAGGUCUACUUUGCUCAGCUCGUGGAGCCGUAUGAGUAUCUUUACAAUGUAAAAACUGCCGCGGACGUGACUGGGUUUCAUAUGGGAUGGCUGUGGCGAAACAUGCUUAUUUUAUUGGUGAUUGGAUUGGGGUACCGAGCCAUAGCCUUUGUCUUUCUUUGCUUUGGUCAUCGUCUCAGGCGUUGA